CAAGUGAACUCGAGGCAACCCCUGGCUAGUCCUCGCUCGCUCGCAGCGAGCCAGUCGUGAGCCUUCGUGCCGAGGUGCUGGGGCGAUGCGCCUGGCGCAUCGACUGACGUGCGCGACUGCAGCAGCAGCAGCAGCAGUAGCAGCAACGGUGGCGGCAGCAGUAGCAACAACAGCAACAGCGACAACAGUAACAGUAACGAGCAGUGCAUCGCGCGUCGCACUAUUGCGCCCGUUGUCCGUCGUCGCCGUCGUCGUCGUUGGUGCCGGAUUCGCUGGAACGACGACGCUCGCACGUGAGCACGUCGCCGCGGUCGCGAGAUGAGAGACGUGUGACCGAGGAAAAACUGAUCGCCGGCCGGGGCAUGGCCAGCAGCACGGAGGACUACGGGUCCGAGCUGCAGGAGUUGCAGUGGGGUGGCGGUACCACUGGCACGCACUUCCUGCGCGGCGGGGGUGGCGGCGGCGGCGGUGGCGGAACUCACUACCUAAGAAGUGGCACCGGUGGCUGCUACGAAGCUGAGGACCUCGAACCCGUCAGCUCCAGCCGACAUCAUGGCGGCCAGCACCGUGGCUACUACAGCCCCCCCGGCACUAGCUACACCAUCGUUGAGAGGCCGCCCAGUGCGCCCCAUCAUCACUCGUCGCACGCGACCCCCUACAGGUCGCACAGGGGGCACACCACCGGCACCACCGGGGCCAUCUCUCCGGAACAGGUGCUCAGGCUCUUCGGCAGCAACAUGUCGUCGGAGCGGCGUCAGGCCGACCGCAGGUCGCCGGCGUCCAGUCCGGCGAGCGUGACGACGGUUCGCGGCACGCCAAUCGCGUCCAGCGGCUCGCAGCAGCAGCAGCAACAGCAGUCGCAGCAGCAACAGCAGCAGCAACAACAACAGCAAGCGAACCCGCCGACGUCGCCGAUUUCACAGCCGCUCAGCCUGCAGGAGCUCACUGUAAGGACAAUCACCAUGACGAGAGAUCCGCCAGACUCUCACCAUGGCUUUGGUAUCUGCGUGAAGGGUGGCAAGGAUGCAGGUGAGAUCCGAAGUACCUCCAGGCAACCUCCGUCGCCGUACUUCGUGCCUCGAGAACGAGAAGCGCAGUCAGGGAGGGGCGUCUUUAUCUCGCGGGUGGAAGAGGGCUCGGUGGCCGAUCGAGCUGGACUCAGGCCAGGCGACACCAUCCUGGAGGUGAACGGCACGCCCUUCCGCGCAGUCACCCACGAGGAGGCCCUCAAAAUGCUAAAGUCCUGCAGGACGCUGAGCAUGACGGUGCGAGGGCCCGCGUUGGACCCCCGGUGCCGAGGUGGACACCCCGUGUGGUCGUCAUCGGGUCGUCAGCAGUCCUGCAGCUGGAUGGACCGCGAAGGUCGCCCAGCGUCCCCACCACCCCUUCAUCCGCCCCGUGACUCCCGCUACGGGCCGAGGACGCGGAAAGUCGAGCUGUGCAUCGAGCCUGGCCAGUCUUUAGGCCUGAUGAUCCGCGGUGGUCUCGAGUACGGCCUUGGAAUCUACGUGACAGGCGUCGACAAAGACAGCGUCGCCGAUCGCGCCGGGCUUCUCGUAGGCGAUCAGAUUAUCGAGGUAAACGGACAGAACUUCGAGGAGGCGACGCACGACGAGGCUGUUCAGAUUCUAAAGACCAACAAGAGGAUGAGUUUGCUGAUACGCGACGUGGGCAAGGUUCCCCAUUCGUGUACCACCGGACAACCCAUAGUGAUCCCGACCGCUCGAUAUCCCGAACAUGACCCUCUGCUCCUGGAGAGCCCCGGGAACCAUCGUCCUCCCAGUCCCGCGAGCAGUACGAACGAGUGGAGGCAUCGGAGUGGCGUGCACACAAUUUCUGCAGCUACCGCCGCUAUGGUGGAGGAGAAGGCGAGGGUAGUUCUCGCCAGAAGCGAGCGGGCUGCGCUGUCUCAGCUCCUAGCGGAUUACAGGACACGCAGGCUGACGAUAGAGGGGUUGGUGGUCCAGCUGGGUGACCUGCUGAACACCCACGAGAAGCUGACGCUGCUGACGGAGCUCAGGGAGCUCGUCGACAACAAGGACAGAGCGGCCUUCGACGACCUCGUCUAUCGACCCCGAAUAUCGAUGGCCAGGAGAAAAGGCGAUCGCGCUCAUUCGGACCUGAUAGUGACACCCUCGCUGCAUGAUCUUCCGAGGGGUGUGCCCGCUGGUUGUUGCCGUCCGGGACGACUGGUGGACGUCGAGGGAGACCCCCUAGGAGUGACGGGCCCUCUUCUACCGCGGGAUAACCAGGAGCAUAGGUCGCCGAGCGAGGACAGCGGUCUCGGGGCCGACAUGCCCAGGACCAGAGUGGGCUGCAGGAGGGCGCAGCAGCACCAAGUGACGACCUCCGACCUCGCCCUCUCCAACGAUGACGAGUGCGACAAUCAGGACUACGAUGACGAGAUCGAGAACGGACGGGGUCGCAGGCACAGCUCCCCGGGCGGCUCGCGGGGCAACCCCCGGGAUUACAGCCAUCAUCUGCACCCGGACAAUUUGGAGAGCGACGGGGGUUGCGAGGGUAGCGACGCCGAGAUGAUCGGUAACGGGAGACGGGGCGCUGGCGAGCGGGACCGCGAUUUGGAGGAGGAUGACGAACUCGAGGGCAGGGAGGAGAGGAGCUCGGAGAGUGGAGGAGGUGGUGGAGGUUUCGGUGGUUGGAGGUCCCACCUACUCGGUGGGCUAACGCAACGCGUCAAAUCCUGGUACUGGGGCGCCAGGCCCCUUGAGCUCGCGCACAAGCUCUCGCGGAGCUUCGAUAUGCAGGAAGCACAGCUGCUGGAGGAGGGUGGUUCCGGCGGCGGGACCACCGGGAGUGGGACUGCCGGGGGUCCACCACGACGACAUCAUAGCGUGCAGCGGCUGACCCGUAGCGAGAUGUCGGAGCGACGGGAAGAAGACGGCGCUCUGGUAGUGCCCGACCAUCAGGGUAACCUGCGGAUCACCGUGAAGAAGACCAAAUCCAUACUGGGCAUCGCCAUCGAGGGCGGCGCCAACACGAAACAUCCACUGCCCCGGAUCAUCAACAUACACGACAACGGAGCAGCUUAUGAGGCUGGCGGCCUCGAAGUCGGCCAGCUCAUCCUCGAGGUCGACGGCCAGAAAGUCGAAGGUCUUCAUCAUCAAGAGGUUGCGCGGCUGAUCGCCGAGUCAUUCGCGCGUCGCGACCGCAACGAGAUCGAGUUCCUGGUGGUGGAGGCGAAGAAAAGUAACCUGGAGCCCAAGCCCACGGCGCUCAUCUUCCUGGAGGCGUAGCAGGAGUCUCCCACCUCCGAGCCGGAACCACCGUAGUCCAGCUUGACCUGAGGCUCGGUCGGCGGCGACUCCCGCAUAUAAAUCGUUGCCGCCGCCGCCGAAUCCGCUCGAAAUCGCUCGUGCAUCCGCGAAGAUCCCCAAGGAGAGCACGUGACGCGCCUUUGCGGACUGCGAUGGACGAACGGUCCGGUUUUCGUCGGAUUCGGACGGCCGAGCUGUCGGUCAGACCGCUGAUCUUGAUCUAACCUGGCCUCGGUGGUGGGAAGUUUAUUUGACCUGCGUUGAUGACAACGCGACACCCUGGAAGACAACUAUCCGAAAUGCGGCGGUCCGAGAGUCGGCGUGUUGCCGGAUUAUCCUCAUUCGAAACCGCGUGGAUGAGAUCUCGGAGAGUUGCUGGACACUCGGCUGCCGCGCGAUUCGAGUAACUCCACUUGUGUAUAUAUAUAUAUAUAUAUAUAUAUAUGCAUACAGCUGUACAUACUCUUAUAACGGACAGUUCGAUAGAAGAUGGAUGAUCGUUUCAAGAAGUUUUCAAGAAGAAAAACAACAGGAAAAAGAGAGAGCGCCGAGAAAGAGUCAAUUCGGAAUUUCUUGGCAACGCCAAUCCCGAUCUUGGACCGCCCGCUCGCGCGAUUCGAAGCCGCGGCUGGACACGGCAAGAAUGCGCAUACGCCAUCUGCGAGGGAUGAAGCGGAGGGCGCUUAUUUUUCGUCGGCGCUUCGUCAUUGAGCCGACGAUUGCUCUCGGGACCCGAGGAAAAUCCGAGGGAGGUGGAGGAUCGUGCAAUGUGCCAAACUGACUGAUCGUGAAGCCGUCUCGCGUAUAAAAACGAUCAAAAAGAAGAGAAGAUAAAAGUUACGGAGAAAAGGAGAACGCGCGAACCCCUACAUGCUCACAUCAUGUGCAGUUGCGUGAACGAUUACCUCACAGACACAUUCACAAACUACACACGUGGACUUUACGGAUUAUAAUUAUUGUAUACUUGCGCAAGACCCGAUUAAUUAUGCGAGAUUUAUUAGGGGAAAGAUAUUUGUAUGCGAAAGGCAGAAGGGCGCGGGGGAGAAAUUUGAAAGAAGAAACUUGCGCGAUUUAUUAGAAGUAAGUUCGAUGAAUCUCGAUAAAAAUAAAUGAGCGAAUUAAAGUAAACUGAAUCGAAUAAAAUAAAGCAUAGAUUUUAAAAAUGCAAUAUUUAUACACGAAAUAACUUAAAUUCUCAAUAUUCGCUCAGAAAAAUUUGCUAAAACAAAUAUGAAAUUUUAGAGCCUAGCAAUUUAUUUAUUGCAACGUAGACUUAUUUCAUUAUUGUAUUUAAGAGCUUCAAUCUCCCGUUCUGUAAAUUAGGGAGUUUGCGCGCUAAAAUGGCGACCGAUAAUGCUACACUCGCUUCCUUCUGCUUCUUGAAUACAACUACGUUGAUCAAGAUUCUCGUUAAUUCGAAUGAUUAGGUGUGUCGUUCGGCUGGUUCUCGAAAUCGCGCCUAAUAUCGCUUACUAGUCUGUUAAAUGUUACUGUAUAGAUUUAACGUUGACGUAGUUAAUAGACGUUGAUCGGGCGUCGCUAGGACGUCGCGCGUUGUUCGUUUAUUGCGUUGUCAGUUGUGUGUUAGAGAAUUUUAGCCCAUCGGGGCCACGAUAUGUGUUCUCGCGAGUAUGCGAGUGUAUGCUUUACCUUGCAAACCUAUGCAAUAACAAAAUCUUUCGUGUUAUUUAUUUACAUAGAUCGAUCUUUCGAAACCGAUUAAUUCUCUUAUCGAUGCUUGAACCUUGAAACCACUUGACAUAGUUUUAAAUUCAAUAUUUUAUCUAAUAAAUUGAUAUUACAUACAAUAAAACAAAGGUAAACAUUUAAACUGAUAUCAAAUUGAGAAGAAUGAGGCGCCUCGCACGCGCGAGAAACAUAUCGCGAGCCGGGAAGGGACUGAAGAUAAUAUUUUUUCGACUGUCGAGUAUAUAUAGCCGAAAUGCGUCGAUGAUCGUCAUCGAGGCGGAAUUAACGACGAUCUUGACCGGGAUCGAGACGAUACUGCGUCGACUUGUUACGUUGCGAGCGUUGUUGAGGCUUAAAGAAGUAUAUUACCCACGUACACAUUAUCUACACAUAUUUAUACGUGUACAUAUAAGUAUUAUUAUUAUGGAAAACUACUGUAGUGGAAUUGCAAAAUCGUACCUAAUUAACUGGGCGUCAAGCGUCUCGCCGAAGGGAAUACUUUAAAAGAAAAGGAAUAUAGAAAGAAAAAGAAAAAGAAAGAUAUGAUAGAAGCGUACGCGCGGUAUUUUCAAAGAAAAACUUAUACUUAGAGGUGCAUUAAAACAAAUACAUAGCAAGGGCCUGAUCGAGAGUUCGAGUUCAAGCGGCGAAAGAUCGCGGACGAUCCUGCGGAACGAGGAUCUUUGAGGAUCCUCCGACGAAUCUCUCUGAGUCCAGGAAAAAAAGAGCACUUGGAUUAAAAAGAUGUAUAUUAAAUCGCAAAUCAAAAAUGGAAUUAAGACUCAAGCGCUGAUUUCCUGGAUUUUCUUUUCUGAUCAAACAGGGAUGUAGAGAUCCUUCGAAUCCGUUUUGUGUCAUUAUCUAGAGAGUAUACUAGUCAUUUAAUUAAUUACGUUCUCUUUUCCUUUAAGCAACUGAUUGUUAAUAAUCCUAAAAUGCGAGAGGCCGUGUGGCAUCUUUUUUCCUCGAACCAGAAAAAUUUGGCUCAUUCUGCGUAUGGCGAUAAGUGAGUCCUGUUUUCGUAUAUACAUGUAUGUGUGCACAAUUCAGUCGAGUGAGUGCAUAUCACAUGGGCAUGAAAGCGGCUCGAUCGUCCGUGAUUUUUCCGAUUAAAGUAUUAAAAGAAAAAAAAAAGAGAGAAAAAAGAGUAAAACGUGUUAAAGUCGUAGAAUAUGCGCGUGCGAGCAGUUGAGCAAUCGUUUGAAUGCCAAAUCGAGCCACGAGCGAGCGAAGGAAAAUGCUUAAUCACGGUAUCCAGGCGAUUAAACCCUUACCACGUGACACGAUAAUUGUACAUCGUAAUACAAAUGUCGUUUUGUUAAUUAUUAUUAUAAUUGUCAACUUUCAUGGCCUAUUUGGAGUUUGACUCGCAAAUAAAUUCACCUUGGAAACAAUCAUUUAAAAUUUAAGAAGUAAGAAUAUUUUUAACGAUGCUUUUCGAGACAAUUUGAUUUACUAUUGUAUAAAAUCUCUUCUUCCUUUUUUGCCGUAAUAAAUUCUCGCUUGACAUCACCGAAGGAGCAUCUCGCAUCUAUUCGUGGAGCCGUCGUAAGGAUUUAAUAGCUGCGGUUUCGGCAAAUGUGCCAAAAAGUUUGCGCUUAAUCACACCGAUCAAUGACAACGGCAGCUUCAGUCGGCAUCGUCGCAUCGUAAAAAAGGAGAGAAAAGAGGAACAACGAAUAUCGAGAAGGAUUUCCCGGAGCACAUUUGAAUCUUUUCUUCGCUAUUCUUUUAUAGCACGCACGGGAGCAUGAUAAGUCGCUUUAAUCACCACGUCGCAGCAAGAAAAGGAAAGCAAGAGAAGGAAAAAGAGAGACGAGCGAAGAAACAUUAGGAAAGGACUUUCUUUCCAAAAAAGAAGAAAAGAAAAAAGAAAAGAAGAAAAGAGUUGAAGGAUUUUGCCAGAUCGAUCAAGAUAUUCGGGAGAUUCGGAGCGACCAGAAGAAGACAAGAAAGAACAAGAAGGGUGGCUCGAGAGUUUCGGAAGGCGACGGCGGGGGCACAACCUGCGAGCGGACUUGACAGAUAAAAUAAGAUGAGAUAUUUUUGUAAUGCUUUCGAUGUACCGCAAUCCCAGAAACGUUUCGAAGAUCUCAGCUGACAUAUCCGACAAUGCCUUAUCGCUUUUAAAGAAAACUCGACAACUAUCGGGGAACUCCGCGCGAGGACUGGCGAACUGGAGAAUCGGAAACGUGGGACACCUGAAACACACUCGCAAUCGAAAUUAAUUUCACCGAUCAACUCCAAACCGCUUCCCGCAUCCCAGAGGAGGAACGGAGACACGCGAGACACUCGAUUCAAAACUAUUUGACACUCGAUAGAGCGUUUAUAAUUAAUAAAUAAUUACGCGGCCUUUGCAUUAUAUUUUCAGACUCGAAAUUGUUACUCGAUCAUUAAACGAAAGGUUUCCGUAAAAACGAGAGAGAAAAAACUGAAUUGCACAAGACGUCGAUAAAAGAAUUAAUUAAUUAAUUAAUUAGCGCCACUAGCAAUUACUUUCUGUUUAUUUUCGCGUGCGGGCGCGCGCGAGAUUCUCCAUUCGACACGUACAUUACUUCAUUUCUGCAAUUAAGCUGUUCCUAAUCGAGUUCUUGAUGCUUUUUGAUCGACGCUUCUCUUCGAGAGCGAAUCUGUGUCUCCUUAAUUUAUAUCAGAGAGUUUACAUUUGUAUUGAAAGAUACAUUUUGGAUUCAAACGCGCAGAGAGCAAUUCCAAGGCUCGCAAUUGUGCAACAAAUUACAUUUAUCGAAUUAACCAUUAUCUGCCGCGAAAGAACAAACAACGUUAAAAAACAAACCUAUAAAUGGAGCAGAUCAUAACUUGGAUUAACGCACGUGUAAUCCUGCAAUUUCUCGCUCGAACAAAAUAAAAAAAA